CGCACGUCCUACUUUCAACCUAAUUGGACAAUAAUCUACCCAAUCACAUUCCACGUUGUACAGCGGGCGCUGAAUUUUGAAACCCAAAAUGGCUACUGAGGCUGCUCAAGCGUUGCUUGAAAGAUGCGACCAUGUACAUUUGGAUUUGUACGAUGGGGCAGAGCGUCAGGAGGGUGGGGAAGCGGAGUUGAUGGUGCCCUACCUAACUGAGAGUCGUAGCAAACAGAAGAUUUUGGGCAGACAGUUGUUUGUGCUUGAUGACAUGAUACAGCUUCUGGAGAGACUGGAGACAACUGACGAGCUGUUUAAUGAACCCUGCCCCCCAAACCCCGGCAACGAGGCACACAGCCGCUGGAAGGUCCUGAAGAGUGAAUAUAAAGAGGGAGUCCAGGAGGUGGAGGCACUCAUUAGCACCUUACAGGACAGGAUGGACAAACUGCACCACAAACGGGACAGACUGACAAACCUGGUCACAGCACUAGAAAAGAAGAAAGAUCUCAGCCUGCAGAUGGGGGAGUCUCUCCAGACGGCCUACAAUGCCUUGCGUGUGUGUGAGGGGCAGCUGGCCCAGCUGAGGGCGGAGACAAACGCCACACUGGACCGCUCGGCUGACUGGCAGCACCUGAGAGACGCCCUGCAGGGCUAUGUGGAGGAGACACAGGGGGUGAUGCAGUGUAGGCUGCUGUCGGUGGGGUCCUCAGAGCUAUGUGUGGAACUGAGGCCCCGCUCCUGUGGGUCCUCUGGCCAGCUGGAGCCCCUCAGACUGACUGUCACUUGGAGCCCUGAUGACCACUUCCACCUCCAGGUGUAUCAGGGUACUGCAGGGCUGUUAGAGGUGUCAAUGAAGGGUUGCCUUUCUCAUCUCAGUGCUGCCUUGCUGGAGGUCAUGCAGUGCUACACCAGCCAGGGAGAGAUGCUGGCUGAGAUCCAGGCCCUGCAUUCCAGGUUUGCUAUAGACUGGCAUCCAGGCCAGAGACUGCUAGUGUUCCUGAAGACUGCCUCUAGUGUAUGUAACCUCGGGGUAGAGGAGGGCUACCCCUCCAGAGGCACAGCUACACUCAUCUCUGUACGCAGGGAUGGAGAACUGGUGGACAACGCUUUCCUACAGCCUCCCCAGAAGACCCCCUCUCUGACAGAGUGGCUGGAGUUCCUCUCCUCCAGUCCGUACGUCUGACCAUCCUCUCUCUGGUCUACACAGAGGAAGUGGCUGUUUCUCUCCGUGGUCACUAAAUGGCGCCCUUGCCUCUCUAAUAUGUAAAUAUUAGGAAUGUAACAAUUUACUGAUAUGCAUCGGUCCUGGUUCAAAUGUUUUAAGAUGCUUGUGCAUGGUUCUGCAGGAGCCCAAACCAAUCCACAUUAAGCGUGCGUCGAUCAGAACUGAUUCAAACGUUACAAUCGCCAUUUCACUGUUUUUCACUCAUUGUUUUAUUCCAAAAAUACCUCUUCUGUGUUGUGACUGAGUUGAUGCGUCCUCCUUCAGUUCAGUAGGCUAUUGAACUUUUAAUGCUUGUAACUGCAUUUGACUGUCAGAUAAUUGUGAGCACAGUGCAGGUAGAGACAGCUGCGUGCGCCAACUAGAGGUAGUUUUCAAUCAUUCCGAUUUUUAGAUAGUGGGGUGGUAGAUGCUCAGUCUGCCCUAUGGCUCAGCUCAUGUGCCUAUAUCAUUGAGGGACUCUCAACUUAUCGAAGUCAUCUCAGACAGAUCCAGCUCAGAUAGGCCCAGCUCCUGAGCUCUAAUCAUUAGCAGAUAUUAUUUUAAAAUGGAAAAUGAAUGUGUUCAUGCAACAACAAAAAAUACUAUAUAGAGCCGAAUCGCAUCGAUUCAUUCCCCUAAUCAAACCGAAUUGCACCGAAUCAUUUAAGACUAAAACAUAUCGCUCCUGUAUCAUAUCAGAGCCCAUGUAUCUAGAUGUGUAUCGAAUCAUUCAUGAAGGGAGAGCUGCACAUCCCUAGUAAAUAUCUCAUGACUCUAAUGUUGCUCUGUUUUGUCUUCUAGCUGUAUCUGUUGUCUUGUCUAUGUAUUGUUGUAACGAUAUUACGACUCGCAUGUAAAUAAAUAACAUACCAUUUCGGUGAAAA